AUGAUAUGGUCAGAAGAAGACGUACAAAAUUAUCAAGACGAGAGAGAUCGUAGAGCAACUACAAGAUUUGUCAUAAGGGCUACUGCAGUAGAUCUGGACAAGAACUAUGCUCCCUUUGAAGACGGCUAUUCUGGAUUAUUCUACUUGAGGCGGGCUCCGACAGAUAGCAACGGCGGCAAAGGAGGCGCAAAUGACGAUGUUGACGAAGACCAGGUAUUGCCCUGGCUGAGCAUGUCUGCAAGCACGGAUAUGCCCACUCGAAUUGUUGGCAGAGCAAUUGGAGCGCACUCGGACUUCGACUUGGGCAAGCAAUGGAUCGAACAAUGUAUUGCCGCACACCGUGGCUGUUCUCAAGCAUCGAAUUCUGAACUCCCAACCAGAUUGAUUGACGUUGGGCUUCCUGAUGGGUCUAUCGAGCCUCGACUAGUGGAGACGAAAGGCCAACAAGGCAAAUACGUGGCGCUGAGCCACUGCUGGGGGACUUCUAAGCCUCCAGUGACUGAUUCUUUAUCAUUCAACAGGUACCUUCAAGCGAUCCCUUUUGUGAGCUUACCGAGAACUUUUCAGGAUGCCAUAACAGCCGUCCGUCGUCUAGGUUAUCGGUAUCUAUGGAUAGAUUGUUUCUGUAUUAUCCAGGGGGACAGUAGAGACUGGCAGAUAGAGUGUGCUCGGAUGGCACAGACAUUCCGUCAAUCCGUCGUCACAAUCGCUGGACCAGCAGCAGACAAUACCGAUGCAGGGUUCCUUCGCGAGCGACCAGUACCCAUCGUGGAGCCUUGUGAGCUUGAGCUGCGAGAUGUGAAUCUCAAAGUCUUGGGUACAGUUACCAUAAGCUUCCUAGACUACUAUGACAGCCCUCUACCAAGGCCAGAGAAAGACUCGCCGUUGGCGACUCGCGCCUGGAUACUGCAAGAGAGGCUGCUGUCUCCGCGAAUCUUGUACUUUGGUAGCGGGAAGAUGUACUGGGAAUGCCAGUCAGUGGAAUGGUACGAGAAUCUGCUAUACCCUUGGGUUGAGAUAGCCCUUCCAACUGUUUCGAAGAGGGUUCUGUCGUCGCCACUGGAUGAUUUCAAUUUGCGUGCAGUCUGGUAUCUCAUCGUUGGCACCUAUACUCAAUGUAAGCUCACGGACGGAAAAGACAAGCUACCCGCGCUCUCAGGUUUAGCCUACCAAGUUCAGAAGAUGAACAACGACACUUACCUUGCCGGGUUAUGGAAGGAAGACCUACUCACCGGUUUAACCUGGUACACGCCAAACCAAAGCGUCCACGAGCCCAAGAGCCUAAGGCGGGCGAAACAGAACGCACCGUCCUGGUCUUGGGCGGCCUGUGAUGAUCGGGUCCUUUUUCUCAACAUGUUUUCAAGGCCUAAAGAAAACCUAAGGAUUGACCUUGAGGUUACAGAUGUUCAAGCGGAAGCUGUUGGCUAUGAUCCGUAUGGUCAAGUGACCUUCGGUAGGCUGAAAGUUGAAGGAAAGCUCAAAGCUUCUGUGAUUCGGAGAUUCUACCACCGUGAGCUCGCAGUCUACAAACUCUACUUAUGCAUGUCUGGAAUGGACAAUCGGAAACUCGCCGAAUACUACUCAGAUGCAGGAGAGGCGGCUUUUGUUCAAAGCGAGUCGGACACAUAUGAGCGUAACGUCAUUACUUUGUUGAUAGGUUUUGGACAGCGAAACAGGUGGUUUGGCCUGGCACUGGUAGCAGAUGAUAGAGUGCCUGGUGUGUACAGACGGCUGGGCCUAAUCCAACAUACGCCGUUAAAUCGCUUUGAUCCUAACGGAGCGCUGGACGUUCUGACGGAAGAGGCUGCACAAUGGUUCGAUGGCUGCGAAAAGGUUCAAUUGGACAUUGUAUGA